CGCGCCGCGGCGCCGGUUUGACUUUUAACGCGUGUCGCGUUAUAAGUGUACUUAAUCGGAGUGGUGGAUACUUAACUAAUAUUGUUAUUUCGCCAUUUAUGCAAUUUACAUAUUGACUUCAGUGAAUAGAAGCCCCAUCCUCAUGAUUCAGCAAAUUUUCAUUGUAUUCCGAGUAACAACCGUUUGUUUUUGCAAAGUAACGUGAGAUGAGACGGAAGUAUUUAGGCGUACAUUAUGCAACUAAACAAGAAUUUUAAAUUCGACAUGAUUACUGGGCAAAAUUGACUCAUGUUAUUUAUAGUUAUAUAGUGAGAGCUUUAGACGUAAUACACAUAUACAAAAUAUUGUAUUCUAUUAUUGCAAACUGUAAGUAUCAGUGGUGUUGAAAAGUGCCUGAGAAACAUGGAAUCGAAAGUAGUAAUUAAAGAAAAGAACCCUCAUGACAAAGCUAACAUUUUGUCCAAAAUAUUUUUAACAUGGAGCUUUGAUUUAUUCCGCAAAGGCUACAAACAGGGUAUCACCGUAGAACAGUUAUGGCAAGCUCGCCACAAGGACAACUCAGGCCGGCUAGGGGACCAACUUGAACAAGCCUGGCAAAAGGAGCUUGAAGACGCCGACCGAAAUGGCUGCAAGCCCUCAUUAACCAAAGCUAUCAUACGAACCUUCUGGUUGGAGUAUAUGAUGUGUGGUUUAUUAGUAGGGUUACUUUUUAUAGUUUUAUGGCCAUUGAUACCAUAUACAUUAGCGCUGUUUAUAAAUUAUUUUUCUGGCGAAGCAACGCCGGAGGCAUACAGAAAUGCCCAUAUAUACAACUUUUUGAUGAAUGUAUGUAGCGUAAUAACGGCAUUGAUGUUGAACCAUCUGCAAUUGAGUCAAGGUGCUGUUGGUAUGCGAAUAAGAAUAGCUUGCUGUUCGCUAUUGUAUCGAAAGAUAUUAAAACUAGAUCGAACCGGCCUUAGUAAGACAGAGCCUGGGCAAGUGAUAAACCUGAUGUCAAACGACGUGAUGCGGUUCGACAUGGUGACGCUGUUUCUGCACUACCUGUGGGUGAUGCCAGUGGUGGUGCCCCUGGUGUCGUACCUGGUGUGGCAGCACCUGCAGUGGGCGACCUUGGCUGCCCUGUUGGUCAUCUUUGUGCAGACAAUACUAGUUCAAAGCUACUUGAGUAACCGCCAGGGAGUGCUGCGAGGAAAGAUAGCCAAGCGAACCGACGAGAGGGUUAAAGUGAUGAGCGAAUUGGUGAACGGAGUCCAGGUCAUUAAGAUGUAUGCUUGGGAGAAACCAUUUGAGAAGCUGGUCGAUAAAUUGCGCAAGAUGGAGGUCAGCUUUAUAAUGAGGACGUCGAUGAUCAAGGGUUUCUCGACGGCGCUGUCCGUGUUCACGGAGCGGUUCAUUCUGUUCGCGGCGGUGGUCACGUUCGUGCUCAUGGGCGGCCAGAUCCGGGCCGAGAUCACCUUCUCCCUGGUGCAGUACUUCAACCUCCUGCAACUUGCCGCUAACAUUUUCUUCCCUAUGGCUUUGGCCUUUCUCGCGGAAGCCAAGGUGUCUGUUAGACGACUUGAGGAGUUCUUAAUGUUAGAAGAACUGGAGUCGGCGAAGGCUAUCGAAGCUAAGAUGAACGCGAAAGAAGCGACGGUGGUGAUCAGUAACGGAACGGAAAAGGAGAAAGCCCGUGUAGCUCACACGGGGCUGGUGGUGGCGGGAGUGUGCGCCAGCUGGCAGCCGGACCCCAUUGUCGAUACGCUGCGCAAGGUCUCCUUCACUGCACAGCCCGGCGAGUUCGUGGGCAUCGCGGGUCUGGUCGGAGCUGGGAAGUCGUCUCUACUGCAAGUGGUACUGGGUGAGCUGCUCCCGUCCAAAGGCACGGUGUCGCUGGGCGGCGCGCGCCUCUCCUACGCCAGCCAGGAGCCGUGGCUGUUCGUGGCCACCGUCCGGCAGAACAUCCUCUUCGGCCUACCAUAUGACCGCAUUCGCUAUAAAAAAGUGGUUACAGCUUGCGCUCUGGUCCGCGACUUCGAGCUGCUGCCGCUCGGCGACUCGACGCUGGUGGGGGAGCGCGGGAUCAGCCUGAGCGGCGGGCAGCGCGCGCGCAUCGGGCUCGCUCGCGCGUGCUACAGGCAGGCGGACAUCUACUUGCUGGACGACCCGCUAUCGGCGGUGGACACGCACGUGGGCAAGCACCUUGUUUCGGAGUGCGUGAACGGGCUGCUGCGGCACAGCACGCGUAUACUCGUCACACACCAGCUACACCACCUCAAGACUGCCGACAAAAUCAUCAUCCUGCGCAACGGUGAAGUGGAGAUCGAGGGCAAAUUCGAGGAAGUUUCCAAGUCGCCAUUAUUUAACGAACUGAUCGAGGAGGACGAAGUGGUAGAGGAAGUAGUCCCAGUCCCGGGAACUCCCGGACUGCACCAACGGACACGCACUAUGUCUCUAGUAAGCGCAGUUAGUUCAACGGUAGAAGCGAAUCAGGAAGAAAACGAAGAACAGCCAGAAACCGCAGAGUUGAUGGAAAAAGGACGCGUGUCGGGCUCCGUGUACGCGCAGUACUUCCGAGCCGGCGGCGGCUGGGGCCUGCUGCUCUUGACCGUCCUUGGCAUCGUGCUUGCGCAGGUGAUCACGUCCCUUAGCGACCUAUGGCUCACACACUGGAUGAACAACAUCGAGGCUAAUAUUGUGGAAAUGGAAAGAAACCAGAGCAUUGCCUCCAAUUCUUCAACCUUCGACCUUAACAGCACUUCAUUCCCCGCCAACUUUAGCAAUGCUUCUGACCCCCAACAACCGGCAAUGACCAUUGAAGAAUCAACCUUUUAUAUCUACAUAUGGGCUAUUGGUAUUCUCGGCUGCAUAAUACUUACUACCGGCAGAUCGAUAUUGUUCCUGUGGGUGUGUAUGAGGAGCUCGAUCAGGCUGCACAACCAGAUCUUCAGCAACAUUCUAGCGGCCACCAUGCGCUUCUUCGACACCAACCCCUCAGGGCGCAUCCUGAACCGGUUCUCCAAGGACAUGGGCGUCGUCGACGAGAUCUUGCCGAGGAUGUACCUGGACAGCAUCCAGGUAAUGAUGGUGAUGAGUGGAAUCCUGGUGAUGGUCGCGAUCGUGAACCCGCUCAUGUUGUUGACGACGCUCGUGUGCGGCGUGCUCAUGUGGAUCUGGACCGUCAUCUACCUCAGCACGGCACAAGCUAUUAAAAGAGUGGAAGGAGUGGCGCGCAGCCCUGUGUUCUCGCACGUAUCGGCAAGCAUGGCUGGGCUGACGACGGUGCGCGCGUGCGGCGCCCAGGUCAUGCUGCAGCGCCACUUUGACGACAAGCAAGACGUGCACACCGCCGCCUGGUACUUGACGUUAGUCACAAACACAGCGUUUUCAAUUUGGCUGUCCCUAAUCUCUGCGAGCUACGUGGUGGUAGUCGCUUACACGUUCCUGUUCCUCAGUAAUUCAGUAAAGACGAAAGCUGGCGACGUCGGACUCGCAAUCAGCCAGGGCCUCAUCUUAGUGAACAUGGUGCAGUACGGCGUGAAGCAAAUCACCGAGGUGAUAUCGCAGAUGACGAGCGUGGAGCGCGUCACCCAGUACACGACUCUACCGCAGGAGGAAACAGCAGGGCCCUCGCCUCCGGCGGGCUGGCCGCAGCGCGCCAGGCUCGUCUUCAAGGACCUGUACCUGCGCUACGACAAGGAAGCAGAGCCCGUGCUUAAAAACCUCAACAUCACUAUUGAGAGCGGCUGGAAGGUGGGCGUAGUGGGUCGCACGGGCGCGGGCAAGUCCUCGCUGAUAUCGGCGCUCUUCCGCCUGGCGCCCAUCGACGGCAACGUUUACAUCGACGACGUCGAAACUGGCUCGAUCGCUCUCAAGGAGCUGAGAGCAAAGAUUGCAAUAAUUCCGCAAGAGCCAGUGUUGUUCUCGGCUAGUCUGCGCUAUAACAUGGAUCCGUUUGACAAAUAUACCGACGCAGACAUUUGGAGAGCUUUGGAGCAGGUGGAGCUGAAGCAGAGCGUGACGUCACUAUCGGCGGAGGUGGCGUCGGGUGGCUCCAACUUCAGCGCGGGGCAGAGACAGCUGCUGUGCCUGGCGCGCGCCGCUCUCGCGCGCAACCGUCUACUCGUGCUCGACGAGGCCACCGCCAACGUCGACCCCAACACUGACGCGUUGAUACAGAAGUCCAUCCGCAAGUACUUCGCUGACUGUACGGUGCUGACCGUCGCGCACCGGCUGCAUACCGUAGCGGACUCUGACCGAGUCAUUGUAAUGGAGGCGGGACAAAUCGUGGAGAUGGGUCACCCUCACGAGCUGCUGCAGAACCCGGAGGGACACUUCUCGGGCAUGGUGAAGCAGCUGGGCCCCGGCUCCGAGCAGAGCCUGCGCGAGACCGCGAGCGCCGCGCACAAGGAGCACAUACGCUACGUCGACGCAGACGACGCCCACAAAAUUACCACUUAAACCCUACCUACUACUACUACAGACAACGGCGACACGUUAUACUAUACAUUUUAUGAAAUUAUUUUUUCCGCUCGUACCGUCGUAAAAGAGUGGAUAGCACUGUAACCGAUAAAAAUGGCUACGUCUCUGUCUCUGGCAGACUUGAUGCAGAAACUAAGUACUACACAAUAUUCCAUCGGCUCACAACAUUGGGUGAACGUAAUGCAUAUAACCAAUCCUGGCGAUUUCUAUGUCCGUCCAACAACUUUCAGAGAUUACUUGCCUAUUUUAAAACAAUUCAAGGACCUGCUGACCCAACGAAGCUUCAACUAGGUAGCACUGAUAUUGUGUUGAAAUCGAAAAGAAAUAAACAUUAUGUUAGAGGACAAAUCAGAAACAUAACAAAUGAGAAUGGAACAACUUUAUAUGACUUAUUUACUCCAGAUUACGGGUUCACCGAGCAAGAUGUUGCUAUAAAAAAUUUGAGGAAGCCUCUAAAUGAACGCCCAGUGCCAUCUCUUGUCUUACAUUGUCAACUAAAGAACAAUGAUUCUUUUGAUGAAGAAGCGAUUGAAGCUAUGGUCUACUAUGUGAGUGACGAAAGAGCUAAAAAUGAUAGUCCAAGAAAAAACCGGAGACAAAUACAUAGUUCAAUUGAUCAAUACAUGCCCUGAAGACAUUUCAACUAUGCUGGCGUAAACGGAAUACACAUGUUUCGGUUACGGGAACAAUGUUAUAAGCCGAAUGCCCACCAUAGACCACCCAAAACUGUACUAUAAUACAAAAAAGUUAUAGUAGGAUACUAGGAUAUACAUUAAGUGUUAGAGUACAAUCUUGAGAUUCGUUAAAGAGUUUUUUAUGUUUGUGAAAUUAAAAAUCACAACCAAUAUAUGAAGGUGUUAAACAACUUGAAAGAAUAUUGCAAUUAGAAUAUUUGAAUUGCAUUUAGAGCAGGAUUUUGCUGCUGAAAACUUGAAGCGUGGUAAAGCUGUAGCUGUGUUUUCCGACUGGUAUUCGAGGUAUGAGCAAGCGGUUAUAACGGAUGUUAUCUGUUCAACAAAAGGUAUUGUUACCUUUAUGCAGUGAGUACUUCUGCUACUGCUAAAAACGCUGGCAUAAGUAAACGGGAUCGCCGACUACAAAUGUGGCCGGAUAGUCGGCUUUCCCGACUAGUCUGUGCAUCCCUACAAAUAAUGUAUACUUAAACUGCAUUCAUAGUCGCGUGCCUCAUUAUUGUUGUAUAGAUGGCGCCACUUGUAGAGCUAGUUCUCAGUGUGAAACUAUUUCAUUGGAGGUCUCUAGGGUCUACCUUAACUUUGCUAUAUCAUAUUUUUAUAAAAGUGACAACGCUAUAAACCUAAGGACAAAUAAGGGUGAAGGGGAUUUUGAUUUGUUAUUUUAAGUAGUCACGAUACUGUAUAUAAAUUACAAACUGAAACAGAUGGUAUGCUAAAAAAAAGUGAACAAGCCCUCCUAGUGGCGGAGGCCAAAUCCCAAUAGCUGUUAGAUGUUGGUUUGAGUCCUGCUCCUGCCAGGGCCACUGCGGGCUAGGUCACUUUCUUUUGUAUAUCACAUCUGUUUGAGUUUAUAAUUAUAAUCAUUAAUAAUCGCUAUAAGGUUAAUAUUAUCAACACGACAAAAAACUUACAUCCCUUACGGACCAAGGCUUCCCUCCAGAAAAACUACUUAUUGUACUUAUAACGUACUUAAUACUGUUGGUGCUACUUGUAGAAAUGAAAUUUGUCACAAAGGUUUAUUAAUACUGAUGAGAUUAAUGGAACAAUUGCUUUUGAGUAUACGUAAUAAGUGUAUUUUCUAUACAGGCUUAAAAAUACAUAAAUUAAGAAAUAAACGGCUUUAUAAAAGCUUUAUAUGGGUUAGAUAUAAGCAAUGGACAUUUGAAUGUGAUUAAAUCCAAAUAUUAUUGGGAUUUGAUGUAAAAUAUUAAUUUUGAAUACAUUUUUUGAUGUUAUGAAA